GGGGGUCUCUGGUGGGGCGGUACUAACGACAAGCCAGGCGGCUAGCUGUGGCUAAACGAACACUAGCGGGCUUGUGAGCCAUCAAAAAAUGCCGUAUUUUUCGCUAUUGGGUUGGGCUUCACAUCAUGGAAUGUAAUGAACUUAUUCCUUGGGGAAAACUAUAUAUUAUAGCCAACGGACGUCUUUGUUGAGAAAUCGGACUGCCCCUGAGACUUGGAUGGAGGUGCAAGCAAGCGCCACGACCGAGGAGGUGUAGAACGGGUACGAAUCGGGUUUGUUUAGCUAACGUCAGCUAGCUAUUAUCGGGAGAAAGUUGCCUGUUACGAGUGAAAACAGGGCGUUACUUGCGCGAGACAAUAACCAAACUAUUGUUUGUCUGCAGAUGCCAGUUGGUCGACCCGUCUCAUCCUAAUUAUUAGCAUAGUGAGGAGCAACCGACCUGACCACCAUGCCUCCCAGACCGUCUUCUGGGGAACUAUGGGGCAUGCACUUGAUGCCCCCGAGUAUCCAGGUGGACUGCCUUCUCCCAAAUGGGAUGAUUCUGACAUUGGUGUGCACACGCGAGGCAACACUCAUCUCAGUCAAACACGAACUCUUCAAAGAGGCCAGGAAGUAUCCUCUCCACCACCUCCUACAAGAGGAGACCUCCUACAUCUUUGUCAGCGUUACCCAAGAGGCUGAGAGAGAGGAGUUCUACGACGAGACAAGGAGACUGUGCGACCUCAGGCUUUUUCAGGCCUUCCUGAAAGUCAUCGAACCAGUGGGCAACCGAGAGGAGAAGAUACUCAACCGAGAAAUUGGUUUUGCAAUAGGAAUGCCUAUAUGCGAGUUUGACCUGGUCAAGGACUCGGAAGUGCAGGACUUUAGAAGAAACAUAUUGAAUGUCUGCAAGGAGUCUGUGGACCUCCGAGACACUAAUGGACCCAUCAGUAGAGCGUUGUACGUCUACCCUCCCAAUGUAGAGUCGUCAGUAGAACUGCCCAAGCACAUCUUCAAUAAGCUUGACAAAGGUCAAAUCAUAGUGGUCAUCUGGGUCAUCGUGUCGCCGAGCAACGACAAGCAGAAGUACACCCUGAAGAUCAAUCACGACUGCGUGCCGGAGCAUGUGAUCGCAGAGGCCAUCCGCAAGAAGACGCGUAGCAUGCUGCUGUCCCACGAGCAGCUCAAGAUGUGUGUGCAGGAGUAUCAGGGAAAAUACAUCCUCAAGGUGUGUGGCUGUGACGAGUACCUGCUGGAGAAGUACCCCCUUAGCCAGUACAAGUACGUGAGGAGUUGCAUCAUGCUGGGGCGCAUGCCUAACCUCAUGCUAAUGGCCAAGGAUAGCCUUUACUCCCAGCUGCCCAUCGACACCUUUACCAUGCCCUCGUACGCCCGACGCAUUUCCACGGCAACGCCCUAUAUGAACGGCGAGACGGCCACCAAGUCCCUGUGGACCAUCAACGGCACGCUGAGGAUCAGGAUACUGUGCGCAACCUAUGUCAAUGUAAACAUCAGGGACAUUGACAAGAUCUAUGUCCGGACUGGGAUCUACCACGGUGGGGAGCAGCUGUGUGACAAUGUGAACACUCAGCGCGUGCCAUGCUCAAAUCCCAGAUGGAAUGAGUGGCUGAACUACGACAUGUACAUUCCAGACAUACCACGUGCCGCCCGCCUCUGUCUGUCCAUCUGCUCUGUGAAAGGGAGGAAGGGGGCUAAAGAGGAGCAUUGUCCGCUAGCCUGGGGCAACAUCAAUCUGUUUGACUACACCCACACUCUAGUGGCUGGGAAGAUGGCCCUCAACCUGUGGCCUGUGCCCCAUGGCCUGGAAGACCUGCUCAAUGCCAUCGGAGUCACUGGUUCCAAUCCAAACAAGGAAACCCCUUGCCUGGAGCUGGAGUUUGAUCACUUCAGUAACCCGGUCAAGUUCCCCGACAUGCCGGCCAUCGAGGAGCACGCCAACUGUAACAUAUCCCGGGAGCUGGGCUUCAACUACUGCCACACCGGUUUGAGUAACAGACUGGCGAGGGACAACCCCCUGACAGACAGUGACAAUGAACAGCUGCGCUUGGUGUGUAACAGAGACCCACUGUCUGAAAUCACUGAGCAGGAGAAGGACUUCCUGUGGAGGCACAGACAUUACUGUGGGACUAUCCCAGAGAUACUUCCCAAGAUUCUCCUGGCAGUGAAAUGGAACUCCAGAGAUGAGGUUGCACAGAUGUAUUGCCUUCUGAAGGACUGGCCAGCCAUAAAGCCAGAACAAGCCAUGGAGUUGCUGGACUGCAACUUCCCCGAUCCCAUGAUUCGAGACUUUGCCGUGAAGUGCCUUGAGAAAUACCUAACAGACGACAGACUCUCUCAAUACCUCAUCCAGCUGGUCCAGGUUCUUAAGUACGAACAGUACCUCGACAACCCGCUGGCCCGCUUCCUGCUGAAGAAGGCUUUGACCAAUCAGCGGAUAGGACAUUUCUUCUUUUGGCAUCUCAAGUCGGAGAUGCACAACAAGACUGUGAGCCAGCGGUUUGGCCUGCUGCUGGAGUCCUACUGCCGGGCCUGUGGCAUGUACCUCAAGCACCUGAGCAGACAGGUGGAGGCCAUGGAGAAACUCAUCAACCUUACCGACCUCCUCAAGCAGGAGAAGAAGGACGAGGCCCAGAAGGUUCAGAUGAAGUUCCUGGUGGAGCAGAUGAAACGGCCUGACUACAUGGAUGCCCUACAGAGCUUCACCUCUCCACUCAACCCAGCGCACCAGCUGGGAAACCUCCGCUUGGAAGAGUGCCGGAUGAUGUCAUCGGCCAAGCGGCCCCUGUGGCUCAAUUGGGAGAACCCCGACAUGAUGUCAGAGCUGCUCUUCCAGAGCAACGAGAUCAUAUUUAAAAACGGAGAUGAUCUGAGGCAGGACAUGCUGACUUUGCAGAUCAUUAGAAUAAUGGAGAACAUCUGGCAGAACCAGGGCCUUGAUCUCAGGAUGCUGCCGUACGGCUGCCUGUCCAUCGGCGACUGCGUAGGUCUGAUCGAGGUGGUGAGAAACUCCCACACCAUCAUGCAGAUCCAGUGUAAAGGAGGCCUGAAGGGGGCGCUGCAGUUCAACAGCCACACACUGCACCAGUGGCUCAAGGACAAGAACAGGGGAGAGAUGUACGACCAGGCCAUUGACUUGUUCACACGGUCGUGUGCGGGCUACUGCGUAGCCACCUUCAUCCUGGGGAUCGGUGACAGACACAACAGCAACAUCAUGGUCAAAGAUGAUGGACAGCUAUUCCACAUAGACUUUGGCCAUUUCCUGGAUCACAAGAAGAAGAAGUUUGGCUACAAGCGAGAGCGGGUGCCCUUCGUCUUGACACAGGACUUCUUAAUCGUCAUCAGUAAAGGAACCCAGGAGUGCACCAAAACCAGGGAGUUUGAGAGGUUCCAGGAGAUGUGCUACAAGGCCUACCUGGCCAUCCGGCAGCACGCCAACCUCUUCAUCAACCUGUUUUCCAUGAUGCUGGGCUCGGGGAUGCCCGAACUGCAGUCCUUCGACGACAUCGCUUAUAUCCGCAAGACCCUGGCGCUAGACAAGACGGAGCAGGAGGCCCUAGACUACUUUAUGAAGCAGAUGAACGACGCCCACCACGGCGGCUGGACCACCAAGAUGGACUGGAUCUUCCACACAAUCCGCCAGCACGCCAUGAACUGAGAGGGGGCCAUCUGCCCGGAGAGUAGCAGCAACGCAGAGAGGACAAGGGCGGAUCUCUACACCAUCCGCCUGGACUGUGUGUCAACGGAGAGACUAGAGCGGAUCUCUGCACCAUCCGCCAGCUAAGCAUGCCAUGAGCUGAGAUGGCAGAGUGGACAACGCUAGCGUCCACGGAUGGAGCUAUGAAUGGAUAGAAACCAUUGGCUGAAUUGAGAGGCUAGAACGGAUCGCUACAUCAUCUGCUAACUUCUGAGCUCUGAGGGAAAUGCACAUCUGUACACCAUCCACUAGGAGGUGCCAAAAGUGGAUAUUAGGGAUGCAUCGAUAGGGAAAUGACGGACUAAUGCGAUAAUCAUAUUUACUGGACAUUAUCUUUCUCAUAUUGGUAUGGCAAUAUAGCCACAGUUCUCUUUGUAAAAUUAGUGGAACAACCACGAUUGUAAACAGCCAUUUUGCAAAAGUUAUGUCAUUUUUAAGAUGAAAGCGUAUUAUCAGCCGAUACCGAUAUGAUGGCCGUUUUUUUUCCUUUCCUAUAUCAAAGCCCGCCCAGGAUCAGGUCCUGCUAACACACCAGGAUACCGUGAAGGCCUGCCCAGGGUCAGGUCCUGCUAACACACCAGGAUACCGUGAAGACCUGCCCAGGGUCAUGUCCUGCUAACACACCAGGAUACCGUGAAGACCUGCCCAGGAUCAGGUCCUGCUAACACACCAGGAUACUGUGAAGACCUGCCCAGGAUCAGGUCCUGCUAACACACCAGGAUACCGUGAAGACCUGCCCAGGAUCAGGUCCUGCUAACACACCAGGAAACCGUGAAGGCCUGCCCAGGGUCAUGUCCUGCUAACACACCAGGAUACCGUGAAGGCCUGCCCUGCUAACACACCAGGAUACUGUGAAGGCCUGCCCAGGGUCAUGCCCUGCUAACACACCAGGAUACCGUGAAGGCCUGCCCAGGGUCAUGUCCUGCUAACACACCAGGAUACCGUGAAGGCCUGCCCAGGGUCAUGUCCUGCUAACACACCAGGAUACCGUGAAGGCCUGCCCUGCUAACACACCAGGAUACCGUGAAGACCUGCCCAGGGUCAUGUCCUGCUAACACACCAGGAUACCGUGAAGACCUGCCCAGGGUCAUGUCCUGCUAACACACCAGGAUACCGUGAAGACCUGCCCAGGGUCAUGUCCUGCUAACACACCAGGAUACCGUGAAGACCUGCCCAGGGUCAUGUCCUGCUAACACACCAGGAUACCGUGAAGACCUGCCCAGGGUCAUGUCCUGCUAACACACCAGGAUACCGUGAAGACCUGCCCAGGGUCAUGUCCUGCUAACACACCAGGAUACCGUGAAGACCUGCCCAGGGUCAUGUCCUGCUAACACACCAGGAUACCGUGAAGACCUGCCCAGGGCACGCAACGGAAAUGGUUUGAUACGGAAAACAAAACAAAAAUUCUUAUUGGACAAAUCUUGGCAGUCUCUUUCUCUUUCAAUCAUGUUUUCUUCCUCUUGGUGCCCAUUGAACACGACCCAGAAUACCACCAGCAUUGUUAAUUCCCAGUGAUGGAUGGUUGACAGACACUAGGAUGUCCUUUUCAUCGUCUGCUGUCAACUCUAAGAUUAGCGAAGAGAACUGACAAAUCGUGUUUGAUCUCAAUUGACGAUCACACAUCUUGUGUGUCCCUCCCCCCCGCCUCCACAGAUGGAAACGGUCAUGUUUCGUGACCUCAAAGUUUGAGAUUUUGUACAGAAGUAUCCCAAUGGUCUUGUAUGCAUACAUUAUUCCUUUUUAGUCUUCAUUUUCUACUGAGCCAAAGUACUAUAUAUAUAUAUAUAUAUAUAUAUAUAUAUAUAUAUCUCCCCUACUACAUCUGACUUAUCAGUCUAACCAUGAGUCACUACUAUUCCAAUCCCUGUGUAUCUCCUUUGUAGCACUGAUCUCUACAGUAUUUGUUUGUUUGUCUAUCAGUAUUAUGAUGCGUGUGCAGCGUUCUGGAGUAAAAUGGCUGCCGUCCAGCACCCAGUUGGAUGCAACACAGAAGUUUACGAUGACCGACAGAAAAUAACUGUAGAUUUAUCCUGUAACUGUAAAUUCAUUGAAUUCAUCCUCUUCGUUUUUUUUUCUUCUUUUCGGGUUGUAUUUUUAAAAGGGAAAUGGGGGCAAAAUGGAUGUGCAAUGUUAUAGUUCUGUUACACUAUGCAAUUUGUGAUCUUAAUGUACUGUACUGCAAAGUAGAGUCGAUGGGAGUAUCUAAUCAUAUACACAGCAUUAAAGAUGUCUUAUCAACUGUACAGACAAGACAGUACACAGAAGACGAAUGCACAAUUAUGCACUGACAGUAUCAUCGAUUUCUGCCCUCACAGGAUGACUCUGGAAGAACUGUUAAAAAAAAGAGCCUCUUGUACCCUGCCUUACACUUUAGUUGUUUUUUCUUCAGAUCUAACCAGACAUUUUCAGAAAGCGUUUGGAUUUUUUUUUUUUUGGUGACUUGGAAUUUGCUUCAUCCUAUAUUUUCAGAAUACAAGUAUGUAUAGAUUUGACCCUAUUCCAGACUUCCCCAGCAUUCUAUGUCAUAUGAACUCCCUAAUCAGUAAAGUUGUUUUAAGAUCAAUAAAAUAAAAGUGUAACAGGUGAAUUUGUGGUUUUGCCUUCCCUGACAACUGCCCUUUUUUUAAGUGUGGAUUUUGCAGUUUUCUCAUUGCAUAAAUAUACUUUUAUUAGUCAGUUGUUUGCCAGUUUUUACCAAAUGACAUGGUAUGUGUUUCUGUGCAGGUUACAGAUGGUUGGGCAGGUCCCAUUCAAAACAAGACAACUACAAUGACCGUAUUGCAAACGAUAUGCAAGCGCUAUCAUAGAACAUUUUUCCUUUUUAUUUUUGUUGUGGUUAAAUGUCUUUCUUUUCACUGUUAAUGCAUGAGGUCCCUGAAGAUACGUUGUUCAACCAAGUGUUGUUUACUUGAAGUUCAUGUUUAAAUGACAUUUUGUUACUUGUGAGGUACAAUGUCAUCACACCAUGAAGAUAAGCAAUACUACCCUGGGGCCAGGGAAUAAUGUCUGGCACCCAUGAACUAUAUGUGUGUAAAUUGCUUUCCUUGAGUAACUACAGAGGUAAUAUAUUUUUGUAUUCUAAAUGUAGACUAACUCUCAAUAUAAUCACUAAACGAAACAAAAAACUGGAAUUAUGCAUAGUACAUCGUUUCACACCCCACUAGACAGCUUGUAGUUAUUGAAAUAUGAGACACUAGUGAUGGACAACAUGAGCUUGGUAAGGAGGAGAAUGUAUCGAGGGGAAUUUCACUGAAGGUCUUCUGCUCUGGCUAGGAGUACAGUGUAAAAGCACAAUGAUGAAAAGCUAUCCUGCAUGUUUUCAAACCCACUAUUCAUGAGUUAUCUAUUCAUCCCUGUACUAUAUGCACUCAUUAUUCUUUCAAACUAAUUCAUAUACCAUGUCUGGAUAGAACCCUGUAUUCAUUCACUCAUUGUACUGUUUGCAAAAAAAAAAAAUCUUUGCUCUGUAUCCCCAGAUAUUUU